GUCACUUCCUUGCCAAUCCCUUAGAAAAAUAAAUAUUAGAAAGGGCGAACGACGCUGGGAAAGAGCGAGAAGAAGCCAGAAGAGAAGAUAAAGAAGAAAAGACCGAUGAAAAGAGGGAUAGUGAGGCGGGAGGAAGCGAAACACGAGCGUAAUCAAACUGUCAUGCCACUCCACAAGUCGUCCCACAAGGCACCUCGCCUGGACCCCACCAUGAUCUCAGCUCCGCUGGGGGACUUCCGCCACACCAUGCACAUCGGGAGGGGCGGAGAUGCUUUCGGUGACACCUCCUUCCUGGCUACUGUCGGCCCCAGCCCUGACCCUGGGUCUCCGGGUGCCACGGCAACAAACGACUCAAUGGCGCCCGUUGAUUCUGAGAUGCCACUUAACCACACCGAUGAUGUCACGGAUGGCUUCGGAAGCCCACUGAACAGUGAGCUUCAGCAUUCCGAGUCGGUGUCGUCUUUCACACUCGAUAUGGAUUUCGACCUGGGCCCAUCCAUCAUGGGUGAUGUGCUGGGGGUGAUGGAUGGACUGGGGCUGGACUCAGACUGGACUAGGACUCACGCUAAUGAGGAAGAUGUCUUCAGUCCAAGCAAAAGUCUUGUCGUUGAAGUGGAGAAUUUUAAAAUGGCGUCGGAGGAUCAGUCUGUCAGCAUAAGGAACGAGCUGAAUGAGAAGAAGCUUUUAGGGAUCGAGGGAGAUGAGGUGGGAGAUGGAAGGAUAAUAGAGGGGACUGGAGGGAUCAAGGCCAAAGGCCAGAGGCCGAAGGUGAGAUUCAGCGACAAACGAGAGGAGAUCAUUCGCCAAGCGUCGGAGGAGGAAGGUCAGGGGUUAGAUGUUGAGGAAGAGUGUGUGAGUCCCACCGAGGAAGAUCGAGAGAGAGGGAACAACGUCAUCAGCGUGUCAAUCGCGGGAAUAGAGGUACAGCCCACCAAUCACAGGGCGGAUUCACCUUCCAGUCCCGCCUCCUCACACAGCUCAGAGUAUGAGGGUGUCACCCCAUUGGACAGGAGGAGGGUUGACAACUGUCACUCAGAGACUGAUUCUGAGGAAGGGGGAGACAAUGGACGGGGCUACACAUUUGAAGAUGAGUUUGAUGAUGAAAUCGGCCUAUAAGAGUGCUACGGGGCAUCUUACGUCAAUCAAUCAGAGGAGAAAAUGGUUCCUCGUUGGGUUGUGAACUAUGUACAGUUUACUUCCUCUAUGCAUUGUUCUGUAAAUUAUCAUUCAAAAGGGAGGUUUAAGAAAAGCUAAGUAUUUCAGAAUAACAGCUGGAUAUUUGAAGAGUCUCUGUUGAAAUGUUUUUGGGACCAAAUUGCUCCUUUGGAUCCUCAGUCAUAGACAUGCAGUUACUAAACAGUUACUACAGGAAUCCGUUUCAUUGAAUCAAUCUUAUAAGCGCCAAUUAAUGGACAGAAAAAAUUUGACCUUUGAAAUAGCCACCUAGUAUUGACAUCAGAUUUGAAAUGUUACAUUUUUAACAGACACUGUACUUCAAUUUAUUAUGUCUCAAUUCAAAAUACACAAAGAAUAGCCUAGUAUUGUUUUAGGCCAAGCAGUUUUUCAGUGAAUAAAUAGCCUAGUUUGCAGCACUUUAAUUCAUUUCAAGAAACUGGAAGCUUUACUGUUAAAUCAGUGCUCAGUAAAAGAUAAUGACAGUUUUUUUAAAUGAAAAUGAUUAAGGCAAGUGGAAAUGUUUUAACAAACAUGUUUCAGUUUUUACCAGGUCAAAGGUGUUUAAGAGAAAGUGCAUAUGAUACAGAAAGACUAGUAUCUUAUGCUGAAGGUGCCUUAAAGGGAGUUGUAUUGUUCAUAUCCCUGUGCUUUAACUCACUAUAGCCAUGUCUUCCUCCUUUAUGUUGUAUUUUCAUAUCAUGUAUUGCUCAGAGCAAAUUGCUUUGUUGUCCGUUUUGCAUUGCGUCUUAAUGCUCUUUAGAAACAAACUAAAUGAACCAGCCUUUUUAGGCCACCUGUUUCUCCACCUAAUUAAUGGAGUUUUUUUUCCUGAGCGAUUUUAUUGUUAAAUGCCACUGGGUUGUUCUACGAAAUGAGUCCUUUUUAGGUAGUGUAACGUGGUUAAAAAUAUAUAUAUUUGAGCACAUUUUCAACUUAAAAAAACAUGUUUUCCCAUCUCAAGAGGUUCAUUUUUUUUUAAAUACUAUAACUGCCAAAUAAAGUAACAGGGUUGACUGUAACAGGGUUAAUGAUUUAAUCUUAAAUCAGUCACAAAUCCCCUUGUGACAAGGGGAAUGUUAGCUUGUUGCGUGCAACAGGGAGGGGCAAUUGAAUGCAAGGUUCAAAACAUUAUAUUAAAUUAAACAUUAUUAGCCUGUAGCAAUGAGUAGCAGGGGUGAGGAGUUAAAGCUCGACCCACUCAGUUUUCCACCACAACACCAGAAAAUGUCCAAAAAGAGUAGAACCAGCUCACCUGCGUUUGCACUAUGAUUCAUGAUAUUAAGACAAGUUGGGUUCACGUAACAGGGUUGACCUUAAAAUGAGGGACUUUGCUUUAUUUUUAAAUGUUUUUUUUUUACCUUAAUGAAUCACUAAUCUUGUGAAAAAAAAAAAAUAUUCAGAAAUGACUGUCAAAGCAACAGAAUAACUAGGGUUUUACAAUUUUGGGGAGAAGCGGAUUAAAAUCUUCUGAGAAGUCAGUGCACAGAGGGACAUGUCAAUGCUGAAUUUUAUUCAUAUAAAAAAAAUCUGAUUUAUAGAAUUUUCCAUGUGGUCUACUUCAUUUAAUAUAACAGGCUUUUAAAAUCCAAUAUUGGUGCACAAUUUCUACUUAAAAUAUCAAAGGAUGCAAAAGCAACUCAUUUCAUGGAACAACCCUACUCCGUUUAUGGAUACCUCAUUUUAAGAAUUUCCUCUUAUUUAGAGCUUUAAUAUCUUUGGUGUUUUUAUGAAAUAAAUCUAUCAUUUCUAUUUUUUUUUUACUGUGAACUGUUCACAUUCCAAUAUUUAAUUUCUCAAGUCAGAAUUUUUCUGACCUAAAUUACAUGCAAUGUAGGCCUAUUUUUAUUUUAAUGCAUUUAGCCUGUGUAGUCAAAUUACAAAAGUUAUUUGUCAGUGGUUGUUAAAAACAAUACUAUCUCUGGAAUUGAUGUGCUUCAUCUCAUGUUUUGAAUUUCAGUUGCAAAGCAUGUAUGACCUUAUAUUUAAUGCGUCUUUUGGACCAACAUUGUACAAGGGGGUUGGGUUAAAUGCGGAAGACACAUUUCAGUUGAAUGAUUUCAGGGGUACAACUGACUAGGUAUCCCCUUUCCUCUUACAAGUAAUGCUGUAAGGAGAAGAGGAGGGGGUCUGGAAAGAAAUGCCUCUGGACAUGUUCUUUAUCUUGUGAUGGACCCUCUUGGAUAUGCUGGUUACUUCAAUAAACAUAUUUCCUUAUAGUGUAA